CUGGGCGACGAGCGGCACCAGGAGGCCGAGCUCGCGAGCGGCCGUUCCCCCCCGGCGCAUCCUUCUCCCCCAAGAUGGCUGAAGGCGGGCAGUGAGCCGGCGGCGGAUGCGGAUGCCUAGCGCGGGCGCGUAGCGGGGCACUAUGUCCGCCUUCGCGCUGGAGGAGACGCUGGAGGCGGACUGGGUGGCGGUGAGGCCCCACGCCUUCCUCGAGCGAGAGAAGCACAAGUUCGCGUUCAUCGUGGCCUGGAACGAGAUCGAGGGCAAGUUCGCCAUCACCUGCCACAACCGGACGGCUCAGCGGCAGCGCAGCGGCUCGCGGGAGUUGCGCCGGGGCAGCCCCGGUGGACAGGAGCACAGGGCCCUUGCCCAGGCUGGCGCCCCCGCGGCCCGCCGGACCUCGGCCUGCGGGGCGGACUCCAGCCCGGCCAGGAGCUCCUCGCAUCCCCGCGCGGACUCGCUGCUCCGGAGCACCGAGAAGGGCGCCGCGGCCGGGGCAGAGGCGAUACUGAAGAGCCCGCUGCGAACGAAGGCCAGUCCGGUCCGGAGGCCUCCGCGUUGCACGGAGGCGGCGGCGCCAAGCCCAGCAGGUGCGGCCGAGGAGAUCGAGGUGCUGGAGUUGGUGAAGGAUGAGCCCACGACCCCGCUGCUUUUGCUGCCGGGACCAGUCCAGCAAGGUGCCGAGCCGGCCGCAGACGCGGACUCCUCGGGGGAGGAGUGCAGCUGGGCCGGCCUCUUCUCCUUCCAGGACUUGCGGGCCGUGCAUCAGCAGCUGUGCUCGGUGAACUCGGAGCUAGAGCCCUGCCUGCCCGUCUUCCCUGAGGAGCCCUCGGGCAUGUGGACGGUGUUGUUCGGGGCCCCGCAGCUGUCCGAGCAGGAGAUGGACGCGCUGUGUUACCAGUUACAGGUUUAUCUGGGCCAUAGCUUGGACACCUGCGGGUGGAAGAUCCUCUCCCAGGUGCUCUUCACCGAGACCGACGACCCCGAAGAGUACUACGAGAGCCUGAGCGAACUGCGGCAGAAGGGCUACGAAGAGGUGCUGCAGCGGGCCCGCAAACGCAUCCAGGAGCUGUUGGAAAAACACAAGAAUACAGAAAGCAUGGUAGAGCUGCUUGAACUGUAUCAAAUGGAAGAUGAAGCCUACAGUAGUCUUGCAGAAGCCACCACAGAACUGUACCAAUACCUACUACAGCCAUUCCGAGAUAUGAGGGAACUUGCAAUGCUCAGAAGACAGCAGAUCAAGAUCUCCAUAGAGAAUGAUUACCUAGGCCCCAGGAGGAUUGAGAGCCUACAAAAAGAAGAUGCAGAUUGGCAGCGCAAAGCCCACAUGGCUGUCCUUUCUAUUCAGGAUCUUACUGUUAAGUACUUCGAAAUAACAGCCAAAGCACAGAAAGCUGUGUAUGAUCGAAUGCGAGCAGAUCAGAAAAGGUUUGGUAAGGCAGCAUGGGCGGCAGCAGUAGAACGUAUGGAAAAGUUGCAGUAUGCAGUUUCUAAGGAGACUCUGCAGCUGAUGAGAGCUAAAGAAAUCUGUUUGGAGCAGAAGAAACAUGCACUGAAAGAAGAGAUGCAGAGUUUGCAAGGUGGUACAGAAGCCAUAGCCCAUUUGGACCAGUUGGAAGCGGAUUAUUAUGAUCUACAGCUUCAGUUGUAUGAAGUGCAGUUUGAGAUUUUGAAGUAUGAAGAGCUGCUGCUGACUGCACAACUUGAAAGCAUCAAAAGACUAGUAUCAGAGAAGAGAGAUGAAGUGGUAUAUUACGAUACUUAUGAAAGUAUGGAAGCCAUGCUUGAAAAAGAAGAUAUGGCGACAUCUAUACACUUACAAAGAGAGGAGCUGCAGAAGUUGCAACAGAAAAUCCGCCAGCUGGAAGCAAGGCGUGGACGCAUUUCAGCCAAGAAAGCUUACCUCAGAAAUAAAAAGGAGAUCUGUAUUGCAAAGCAUAAUGAAAAGUUCCAGCAGCGCCAUCAGAGUGAAGAGAAAUACAGAAUGCAUCAUACUGUGCAGCUAAAGCAAGAUCAGCUGCAAGAUGAAGAGGAAAGAAAGAGCUCCUGGGUUAGUCAGGAGCGACAGAAAACACUGGACAGACUUCGCACGUUUAAACAGCGGUACCCUGGGCAAGUAAUACUUAAAUCAACCAGACUGCGACUGGCUCAUGCAAGAAGUAGUAGUACACCCAGCUCAGUGCCCUGUGUAGAUCAACCUCAAUCUCUACCAGUAACCACACAGAUCCAAAAGAAAACUGAGGAGGUGGAAUCAGGAAAAGUAAUCCAGCCUUUCCAAACCCAGGAGCCCAGAAGCUUAGAACAACUUGAAGAUAGUUUGUUACCUCCCAAUGGCAUUACCUCUGAACUGUCUCAUCAUGCUACUCCUCCACUUCUUGCCAGUAAUGAGCUUCAACCAGAUACUGUUACUGUAGUUCCACUUCUGCCUCCUUUGCCACCACCACCGCCGCCACCACCGCCACCUCUGCCUAUCAAGGAAGAUUCUACUGAAUCCUUAGAGAAAAGUGACAGCCCUGUUAAACAGGAGAGUGAGGAUACAGGAGUCCCACAGUCCACCACUGUCCCAUCAGCACAUCUUUUUGAUAGCAGUCAGUUAGUCAGUGCCAAGAAGAAACUUAAGAAGACAGAUCUAGAGGGUUUACAAAGGAGGAGAGUGAGUUCCCCAAUGGAUGAGGUGCUGGCUUCCUUGAAGCGUGGUAGUUUUCACCUAAGAAAGGUUGAGCAGAGAAAUCUCCCUCCUUUCCCUGAUGAAGAUGACAGCAAUAACAUCUUGGCACAGAUAAGGAAAGGGGUGAAACUGAAGAAGGUGCAGAAAGAUGUUCUGAGAGAGUCUUUUACAAUUCUGCCUGACACUGACCCUUUAACACGUAGCAUUCAUGAAGCACUGCGAAGAAUUAAGGAGGCAUCACCUGAAUCAGAAGAUGAAGAGGAGAGUUUGACUUGCACAGACUGGGAAAAUUAACCUGUGACUAGCAGCCACUGAAGAAAGGAAAAAAACAACAACAAAAAAAUACCCCACAGCUGGAGAUCAAUCUUCCUCUUCAUUUCAGAAAAUUCAAAGCCAGCAAUUUUGACCAUCAGCUGCAUAGUAGAAAAAGGCUUCCUUUGGCAAAUGAUUGAGUAUGUGAAAAAACGUGAAACAUCGAUUUUUUUCAGAUUUUUUUUAUUCAUUCCACAAGUGCAAGGUUGGACAAAAAGCUAAGUUGUUUAGAUAUGCAUUUUAUAUAACUGUAAUGAGAAAAGGGUCUUCAGGAUGUUUUCUCAAUUCUUUAAGCACUUUUUACAUUUGCAUUAGUAUAUAUGGCCAGUUAAGUGAGGGAACAUUUUAAGUGGGAAGAAUGCUGCAUUGAUAAAGCUACUGGGGGAUGCAGUUGAAACAUCAGGACAGCUAGGAAACCUACUUUUCAGUGCACUGAAAAUAUCAUCUGCUUGAAAAACAAAUUUAAUAGCUGUACCACAAUAGCUAAAAUUCAGAUAGAGAUGCAACUAAGAUCUCUUUAGUUAUUCUUCUCACUGCAAAGAAAUGUAUGUUAGUAUGAAAAAUAACAACAGAUGGCUGUACAGUCUAAGUACCAUAACAGUGGAAUACAUGUAUUUAAGAAUGUAUGUGUUUACAAUAUGGUACACUUAACAUGGCAUAUUGCAGCACCUUUUUAGAAGGUCAUAUAUAAUCUUACACCCUACAUUUUAAAAGUAGAUUUUCCAUGCUCUUUUAAACAGUAAUAUUUAGGUGAGAUGAACUGAGUUAAUAGUUAUACCAUACAUACAAAUUUGUUAUAAGAAGCAAUAUUUUGUAAUUUGAUAAUACUUAAAAUUAUUUUUCUCUGUUAGCUUGAACUGUUCUUGUUUGAUUACUGUAAGCAACCUUCUUUACUUUCUUAUUUAAGGAGAAUGCAGGACUUAAACAUAUUAACACCAGUUAUGGAAGUUAUGCUUCUCUGUUAGUUGUUAAUAUUUCCUUUAGUAGCUACAAAAAAUUGUACAUCAUACCUAACAGCCUGUUUGGCUGAAAACUACACUUCCAUUUAAUGCUGGCAGUAUGUGGCUCUAAAGGAGGGGAGGGUACAGUUUUCAAUACAGUGAGAACUUAAAAAGAAAUAAUCCUAAACUGCUUGACUAAUAGCUGCGGGCAGCUAGUUUUAUAAUGCCAGAGUACUUAGAGGUACAUCUUAUACAGAGUUCUAAGUAAUCUUGUACUAUGUUAAAGGCUCCAUGUAAUGUUUGUUAGUUGAGAAACGCUCAAGUUAUAGGAAAGUCUUGACCAGCGUUUUAUUUUUAUUAAAAUUUUACGUACUGUUUGAGAGACACACCACCCCUUUCCUUUUACAAAAUUGUAUUUUUGUUCAGUAUUCAUUUUAUGAAGGACAAAUGACUGUACUCAUUUUCAUUUAGAAGCAGAUUCAUGAAUUGUUACUGUUGUGUAAUGGAGUACAUAUUCCUCUUUAACUUUUAUAACAGUUCUUCUUAAAAUAGUUGUGGGAGCAAGAAUACGUACCUUGGCAAUAGGUUAUAUAACCAAAAUGAACCUCAGAUCUUGGAACCUUUAGGCUGUUCUACAAUUAUUGUCCUGAAUAAUAAAGAUCUGUCAUGUUUUGAAAGAUAAUUUGCCACUCUAUACUUAGCAUUGAUAGGCAUUUUUCUUGAUUUUUUUUUUUGCCUUAUUUAUAAUGUUUAGUGAAACAUUUUCAAAAGGAAUGCUUAUGAGCAGCAUUUUUCAGAAAUGAUACCAGUUUUGCUCCAGGUAUCAGCUUUUGGGGCAGCAUCUUUCUUGGACAGAGCAUCAGUUCUAUGAUACAUCCGUCAUUAGCUUGUCAAGGACCUGACAACCUAAGUUUCUUCCCAGUUUAUUUCUAUGGUUUUACAUCUAACUAAUCAUUUCAAAAUUUAUCAUGUGUAAUCAUUUAGCAUAGAUCAUAAAUGUAAGUAGUUUGUGUGCCGAUGGUGUACAGGCAUCCAUAUUCCAGAUUACACUAUAAACUGGGUCCAGUGUAUGAAUUUUUAGCUGUAGCACAAAACAGAACUAUCUGCAAAUUAGGAUGAUAUACUGUAUGUGAAGCUGAGUGCUAGACCAACAGCAAUGGUGUGACAUCAACUAUGUCCAGUUUUUCUUGCUGAAAGAAACAAAAGUGCAAAUUGGACAGUGUGCAUAAAACACUGGCAAAACUUUUGAGUUGGGGGGGGGUGUGAAUAGUGUAAUUUGAAAAACAGGGAUAAUGUUCCUUCCCCUUACACUAAAUUUAUUAUCCACAAAUUUAUAGGGAGAUGUUUAAAUAGCUCUAUACUGUGUUGUACUACAGAGUUCUCAGGUUUAUCUACAUAUGAUUUGUCAACUUUGCCUUGAAAACUUGUUCAUGAUUACAAAUAAACCUGUCCUUGAUAGACUUAUAUUUAGUUAAAAUAUUAGAUUCCUGACUGAGUCUGUAUACAUUGCUUAUUCAUAGGAAUAUCAUAUUUUAUGCACAUGCACACAAAAGAUAGCUGCUGUGCUGAGCAUAACCGUUUAUAUCAAAUUCAAACUGCAACUUUAAAAAGGAAAGAAGGUGUGUGUUUUCUAGAGAAUAUUAAAAAUCAGAUUUGAAUCUAAAGUAGUUACUGGAUGUCACAGUUUCAAACAGUUCUUCAAUUUAAUAGCCAUUUACAAUUCCAUGCAUAAAAAUACUCCCAGUGCUUUUAGAUGAUGAUUUAUACUGGUAUUGCAAUAGAAGUUAUAUGGGGAAAGUCCAACUACUUUCACAAGAGUUAGAGAAAUUGACAAUCCUUGCUAGUUUGGCACAUCUGUAACUGACAGUAGAUUUAUUGAACAGCUCUGCACUUGAGAGACCAUGGCAACCAUCACUAUGGGGAUGGCAUUAAUACUUGUGUACAAGAGGAAAAAAAGCUUGCACAUAAAAUGAUCACUAGAGAUUUUCAGUAUUUGCUCUUCAUGGAUGCACUACAUCAGAUUCGCUGAAUUGUUCUGUUCCUAGCCACUGAUCUUCAACAAUUGCUCAUCUUUUGCGCAUUCUACAUGCCAGGAAAACUUGCUUGUUUAUUCAAAAUAGAGCUGUUUGGUAGUGAAAUGGGUUCACUGAGGUAAGGAAUUGGAAUUUCCCAAUCUGAAAUACAUAUAAAUUCAAGAAGCAUGAGUAUAUACUGUACUUUGGGGACUGAGAAUUUAUCAGUGAGAAAAAGGAAUUAAAAUGGUUUAUUUCUAUUAGAGCAACCAAAAAUGAAAGGUAAACAACAAUAGUCUUUUGAUCAGGAAUGGGAUUAGCAUUUAUUUGAAUUUCUGUACCUCCCUCACUGUGGUCCCAAAAUCCAUUAAAAAUGACUAACAUUCUUAUUUUAUUCACUUUUGCAUAUUAUGUUUGCAUAUUUUGAGUGUGAUUUAGUUUUAAAGCAUAGAUGAAAGUUUUGUUUCUCUUUUUUAAAUGUUACUUUAAAGAUUUCUUUAAAAAGUUUAGCAGCCUGUAUUCUACAACACAUAGCUGUAAAAUAAGUAAACUUGAUCAGAUAUUGUGUUGUUCAAUGGCUGCAUCAGGGACUUUGGGUUCAAUAGACUUCAUCAGAUUCUUUGUAAAGAAUCACUUUGCCUUUCAGCAUCGUGUUCUGUAAAGUCAAAAAUCUUCAAACUCUGAGUGGUUCUUUAUUGAAAUGCAACCAAUUGAGACGAGGAAGCAGAAACUUUCAUUAGUUAAUGUUCUCUUUUAUUCUCUUUGUUGCACUGAAUUUAAAGACUAUAACUGUAAAUUAAGGUUACUUGCAGUUUAAGCAGCUGUUUUCAUUGUAAUGCUUAUGUACUUACUUUACCGGUGUUAUUUCUGGUAAUGAUCCAAUAAGCAUGAAGCAAGAUACUAUGUAUAAUGUUAGAGAAUCAAUAAGAACGGGAAGCGUCUUAUUGAGAGAGCAUGUUGCAAUUACUGAACGCUAAUGGAGUAUGUCGGACAGUAGGUUCAUUCUAAAAAGUGCUCUUUGGUAUAGUGAAGCACAUUGACCUGUAUUGCUAUCUAAUGCUGUGUAAAAUACAGCAGUGGCUGUUUUUAUCCUAUAAAUAUACUGUAAUUUAAAGUUUUCCUACAAAAUGAAUUUAUAUUUAGUUGCUGCCUAAAACAUCAUGAAUUAAAGGUUAGAAUUUUUAGGAGGGGGCUGGGUAUGCCAAUGUAUUUUGGGGUGGGUGGUGUUGUGUAUAUAUUAUGCUUUGCACUGCCCAUUGAGUUACGACUUCGUCCAAAAUUCCUGGCUUUGACCAUGGUGAAUCUGCAACUUGGGAUUUACAGAACUUUAUUGUAAUUCACAUCUCCUAAAACCUGUGCCCUUGGGCCUCAUAAUAUUACCCAAAUGGUCUUCCUUCCAUUCCCCCAUGUGGAUUCUCAGAUAUCUUUAAAUAUGGAAUAUGACCAAUUUGUGACUUUAUUGGACCUAUAAUUAUGUGAAUGAGGAAAGACUGCCUACAGCUGAUAGAAAAGACCAACCGAGGGGGUGUCUGUUAAAAGAAAAACCUUGACUGGGAGCAUAUUGCUCGUUUAUUGUCUCAGUGGGUAGGGCCCCAACAAAUACGAAGCACAGCAUCAAGUUUUUAAAUAAUUCAUCAUGGUUUUUAUUCACGUUCUGCUUGGUAAUUCAAAGGUUCCACAGUAAUUAAUUUACUGGUAGAGUGGCUUGAUUUUCAAGUCUUCACAUCCAUGAAUUGUGGAGAGGUAUGUGAUUAGAGACAGACUCACUGUGACCUCUCCAUACAUGUUUCUGUGGUUGCUGCCUACUUUACAAGUUAUCUUGUGUUUCUAAGUGCAGAGCCUCAAAGUAGGUGAAAUGCAGAAAGCUGCAGAUUUGCAUGAAUAAAGGGUUAAUAAAACUGACACUUUCUAGCUUGGUUGAAUAAACAAGAAAUAAUCAAAUGGAAAACUGAUUCACCAUCCACUAGCUUUGUGCAAUAUUAUGAAUAGAAUCAAACACUAGCACGUUGUGGUUGGCUUUAAGAAAGUCUUUAACACAAUUAUAUUUAAAUGGACAUUUUAAAUGCACAUUGUAUUAUAAAACUUCUCCUGCAAAUUUACAAUACCUAAUAAUGCUCAAUGUUCUAAAGUAUUAAGCAACAAGUGUAAAAAAUAAAAACUAAGUGAGCAUUUCUAGCAAUACCUGAAAACU